AUGAAGUUGAUUGUGUCGAUAUGUUACGUAUACGCCAUGGCUAUCGGCAUGACGUCAUACUGCCUAAUCGGUGGAAAUUUAAAGCAGACAAAGAUUACCCAGAUAUAUUCUGUCGCUAUGAAUGCAAUCACCUUGACGGUUCUGCCGUUAGCUUUCUGGAAAUCAGCCCAGUUAAUGACGAUGGCCGAAUGGCUGCCUUCCUACAUGUGGAUAACUCCUUAUGUCCUGUAUUCGUGCAACUACGUUGUUAUAGCUUAUACUCUGAUUUCGAGAUGCUUUAGAGACGCCAUGUUGCUGGACCUACAGCUUUUAAUAAUGCAAAUAAAACGGAAGAUGUCGCGUAGGGCAAAGGAAAUCAAUCCAAAUCUGCGUCAUAUAUUUUUCCUGAAAAGCUUUACGUUUAGUUACUUGUGCGUUGCGUAUAUACUGACCAUCUUCGUUUACCAAUGGAAAUUAGAAUGGUCUCAAAUUGCAUACGGAGGUCUAGUUAACACUUCCUUAACUGUCCAGAUCGUCAAUACGUACAUCUAUUUCGUUUCCUUUUGGCAGAUUGCCAGAGGCUAUGAUUUUGUUAACCAGCAAGUGGUAGAGAUCACUUCAGCUGCAUGGUUGGGCUCAAAAGUUCAAGCAGUAGAACUUCGAGGCCUUUGGGCUCUGCAUUCCAACCUGAGCCGGACUGCGAGAAGGUUAAAUAGGCACUAUGGUCUUCAGAUGCUUGCCAUUCGUUUCGAUUACUUUAUAUUCUCCAUUAUAAAUCUAUAUAUGGGGACGAUAUACGCAAGGUAUGGAAAAUCCGAUGCGAUUGAAAAGUUGUACGGAUCUCUAAUUUUUUGGAUACGAAGUGUCGAUUUUUUUCUAAAUGAUUAUAUUUGCGGUUUGGUUACUGAAUAUCAAAGUCAGCCAAAGUAUUUUGUCAACGAGCGCGACAUGUCUAAUCAGCUGAGUUCUUUCUUGAUGUAUGACAGCAGCACAAGGCUGGAUCUGAAGGUCUGCGGACUCUAUCCGGCGAAUAAAAAGCAAUGGAUGGAAAUGGUGGCCUCUAUUUUAGUACACUCCACAAUGCUGCUCCAGUUUCAUCUGGUUGGGAGCAAGAAAUAG